AUGGGUGAGACAACUGCUUCAAAUUCUGCUUUGCAAGUGUCUGUUUCUUUUGGGAGAUUUGAGAAUGAUUCUUUGUCUUGGGAGAGAUGGUCUUCUUUUUCUCCAAAUAAGUAUUUGGAAGAAGUUGAGAAGUGUGCCACACCUGGAUCAGUAGCACAGAAGAAAGCUUACUUUGAAGCUCAUUACAAAAAGAUUGCUGCUCGGAAAGCCGAAUUGUUGGCUCAAGAGAAGGAAGUUCAGAAAGAUUCUUUCAGAUCAGAAGAACAAAAUGGUAUAGAUCUGAGUAGUAACGGUAACGGCAGCGUUAACGCUUGUGAGACUGAUUCGGAAUUCAGUACCACUAAGGAACACGUUAAGCAAGAAAUCGAAAUCAGCCCGGUUGGUGAAAUUGGUCGGAGCUGUGUGGAUGAUUUGAAGGAGGAAGUUGCGGUUUCGAUAGAGUAUCAAAGUUCACCGGUUGAGGUGGUAGAGAACAAAGAGGAAGAAAGUGGAUCACAUGGUUCCUACAAGAUAGAUGAGCCUAAAGAAGAUGUGUGCAUAAAACUAGAAGAAAGUCUCGACAUUGAAGCCGAAGAUGUGAAGGAAAUUUCACAUGUUGUGUACAAGGAACCAGAGAAGGCUACACAAGUUGAAGAAAAAGUUGUGAAAUUGGAUAAUCCAAAUGAAUCUAAGGUUAUCUCUCUGAAUAGGGAAAGUAAUGUAGCCAAAACAAAGAAGAAACCAGUGCAACCAAAAUCUAAGGCAUCUCAACUUUCGACACCGAGAAGUUCAAAGCCGACACCAAAUCCAACUAAAACAUCUACAUCUUCCUCUUCAACUAAAAGAGGAAAUUUGCCAUCUUUACCUAAGAGGCAAACUACAUCCAGUGUGGAGAACAAAAAAGUUGCUAACCGAUCUUUGCACAUGUCUAUGAGCUUAGGUCCAAGUAAUCCUGAUCCAGUUCCUCAUACCGCAAUGAGGAAAUCUCUCAACAUGGAGAGCAUGGGGGAUAAGGACAUAGUCAAACCAGUUCCUCAUCAAACCACUAUGAGGAAAUCUCUCAUCAUGGAGAGCAUGGGGGAUAAGGACAUAGUCAAACGAGCAUUUAAGACAUUCCAGAACGGUUUCAACCAGCUGAAAACUUCCAGUGAAGUAGACAGAUCUUUAGUAAAAAUACAGGGUCCUUUAAGGGGGACUGUGUCAAAGGUUUCAACAUCUACAACUUUGCGUAAAGAAAAUGGACGGCCAACUACAGCUGAGAGGAUGACUAAAAGAAGUGGAAAUCCUGCACGAACUUUGGGCCCAAAACGUGACACUAAAUCAGAGAAAGGAAAAGAGUCCUCAAGAAAAAUAGAGGAAAAACCUAAUGCAAAUGAGGUACAAAGAACGUGUCUCCAAACAAAAUUGAAGGAGGAAAAAGAAGCAGAAAUGAAAAAGCUAAAACAUGAUUUCAAGGCCACACCCCUACCAACUUUUAAUCGUGGUCAAAAAGCAUCAAAAAGUCGCAUAGAAAAGGGUGAUGCGAAAACUGAGAACCGUCGGUAG